AAUUAAACCUAAAAUCUAGGAUUCUAUAAAUAUACUAGCAUUGUUAUGGAUACACUACAGUUACUCAUACAUUCCAUCAUCUAUCCAACUAAGCUAUCUUCUCUUUGAUAGUCACUUAGAUAAUCAGAAAUGGCAACGAGCAUUAGUUUUCUUGUUAUGAUAAUGAUGACAGCGUCAAUGGUUGUCGACGCAAGGCAUUUGCUAGCUAACACUGGUGGUCUCGGGGAUACCACUGGUGGCUUGCUCGGGAAUACCAACCCAGGUGGCUUGUUGGGUGACAAGAACACUGGCGGAGCAAACUUGCUCGGGAACAGCAACACAGGUGGUGUAAAUGUACUUGGAGGCAGCAAUACAAAAGGUGUAAAUUUGUUGGGGAAUAGCAAUACCGGUGGUGCAAAUCUACUAGGAGAUAGCAACACGGGCACCUUAGCUGCGCUUGGUAACAGCAACACGGGUGGUGUAAAUGGGCUUGUGGACAGUAAAAUAGGUGGUUUAAAUGUGCCCAUGGCAGGUGGCUUACCUGUGCCUGAAUUGCCCGUGGUAGGUGGCGCUUUGCCAACUUUGCCCAAUAUGCCCAACCUACCUGGUGUAGGUAGCACAGGUUUGCCUGCUUUGCCCAGCGUUCCCAGCCUACCUGGUGUAGGUGGCGCAGGUUUACCUGCUUUGCCCAACGUUCCCGGCCUACCUGGUGUAGGUGGCGCAGGUUUGCCUGCUUUGCCCAACGUGCCCGGCCUACCUGGUGUAGGUGGCGCAGGUUUGCCUGCUUUGCCCAACGUGCCUGGCCUACCUGGUGUAGGUGGCACAACUUUGCCUGUGGUGGGAGGCAUAGUUGGGCCCCAUCCGUAAAUGUGCUUGAACGCCAGCAGCAUGUGCACAGCAGCUUAGGUAGUCGCAUUAGUUCUCUUGCCGUUAUUGUGGAGCCGGAAGGAAUAGCGAGAAGAAAGUAAGGAAGAAAUGGUUCUUAAGAGAGAGCACAAUUCCUUACUAACAACCUAUGUCGUGCAUGUAAUUAUUUAUGUUAUACUAGUUUGAUGAUCAUGUUCUUUGUAUUAUCCUCCGGUUAAUUUGUAGCAGUAUCUUGGUAAAAGACUGCUCUGAACAAUGCCUUAAUUUGAAGUUUUCUUACAUUUUUCGUUGUAAUACGAAAACAUUAUUAUUAAUUUCCUUUCUCCUUUUAUUA